CUCCAAGCUAGACUAUCUGAGAUCAGUGAUUAUCUGCAAGGCGUGAUCAACAAUGAGUUGCCUGUAGACCAUCAGAUCAUUUACAACCUUCAAGAUAUCUUCGACCUACUCCCAAUUACUGAUCUAAGCCCAAUCACCACCUUACAAUCUGAUCCUGUCGAGAAAUCUCUCAAUGGUGACGACUCGAUGAGCAGUCUAACAUAUAUUGCAGCAGGAGCCAAGGAUCUGACAAGCCUAGUUCUUGAUCGCUCAAGACCCUUGACAAUUGUCACUAAGGACCAACUCUUGGUGUUGUAUCUUUCCAGUUUAAUUUGA